CGGAAGUGACGUGUCGGAAGGCGGGAGUGGCUGUGCGGAAGCGGCGCAGCCGUCAUGGAGCUGAGCGAGAUGCUUUACAACAAGUCCGAGUACAUCGAGACGGCAUCCGGCAAUAAGGUGAGCCGGCAGUCCGUACUGUGCGGCAGCCAGAACAUCGUUCUUAACGGCAAGACCAUAGUUAUGAAUGACUGCAUCAUCCGUGGUGACCUGGCAAACGUUCGGGUUGGCCGGCACUGCGUGGUGAAGAGCCGCAGCGUCAUCAGACCACCCUUCAAGAAGUUCAGUAAAGGGGUGGCUUUUUUCCCUCUGCACAUUGGUGAUCACGUCUUCAUAGAAGAGGAUUGUGUUGUCAACGCGGCCCAGAUUGGCUCCUACGUCCACAUAGGCAAGAACUGUGUCAUUGGUCGGAGGUGUGUUCUGAAAGACUGCUGCAAGAUCCUAGACAACACAGUGCUACCUCCUGAGACAGUGGUCCCACCUUUCACGGUCUUCUCGGGCUGCCCAGGACUCUUCACUGGUGAACUCCCGGAAUGCACCCAGGAGCUUAUGAUCGAUGUUACAAAGAGCUAUUACCAGAAGUUCUUGCCUCUCACUCAGGACACUACUUAGCUUUGAGCUCUUCCAAGCAUACAUCUGUCCUGUGCUCUCCUCCACCACCUUCUUGUGGCUAGUGCAUGUUCUGCUUCCUGAAUAUUGCAGACCUUAAAGAGCCAAAGGGCUUUGAAGAGAGGAUUUCCAUGUCUCUCACAGAAUUCAGUGCAGCAGAAAGUGGAGAAUUCAAAGCAGAAACUGGAGAUGGGGUGAGAGAAAGCUGCAGUUGCUUCCAGUUACUACCCACAGUGUGUAUUUGCAGCAAGCCCUUUGGUGCUUCUUUGCAUUACAAAACUUAAGAAUCAGACUUGGUGGAAAGAGGGAACAUUUCACUUUGGACUUGCAGUAGUGCAGGAAUAACUCUUGCUGGGAGCAGCUCUGUGGAAGCUGGAGGCCACUGACUCUUGUGUGUCCCUGACUGGGUGCCAGACAAGUGGAUCUGCCUGCUCUGGAUGUGUUCCACUCAAGCUUAGCAUUGUCCUUCUCUAGCUCUUGAAAACGGGGCUCCUGCGUGUUGUAGUGUGGCAGUGGGGGGCCAGGAGGUGUAAUAGCUCUGUGGUAGGAGUGUGGCUGAGGACCAGCAGCCCUGGAGCUUGCAGCUGCUCUGUGUGAUGCAAAGUGCUGGAACACCUUCAGUAGGAAGAACCCACAAGUGCCAGAGCGUGUAGUGACCUCUGCUCGUCCGAUGUGAGCCCCCUGACUGGUUUGUUUGUGUUUUUACUGUGUGUAAAUUAAAGCCUCCUCAGUUGUUCAAGUGACUCAAGGUUGUGACUCUUCCAAUCAAACUCUAGAGCGAGGUCUCUGCUGUGCUGAGGCACAUGGGCCACAGUCUCUUGGGCAUUCUUGCAAGGUUUAUAGAAUAGAAUGGAGUCCCAGACUGGUUUGGGUUGGAGGAGACUAGAUAGUGAAGCCCCCAGCAGUGACCAGGGACAGCUGCAACUAGAGCAGGUUGCUUAGAGCCCCAAACAACCUGAUGUGGAAUGGUUCCAGGGACAGGGCAUCUCCCACCUCUCUGGGCAGCCCAGGCCAGGGUCUCACCACCAUUCCCUUUGGGAACAUUGCCAUCAGCUGUCUCCUGUGGCCGGGCAGCUGCCUGUGUCGGUUCAGGGGGACUGUGUGUGCCAUGUGUCUCACCUCAAAGUUUCAACACCACAUAGCACGUUUCACUGGGAUUGCUUGAGGAGCAGCCACAUCUGGGCAGCAUGGAGCUGGGGUGGGACAGGGGUGGGAGGAGGCUGCCAGGUUAAGGGAUGUGAGUCUGAGAGGGGAAAUGGGCUGGCAGCUGUAGAAUUCUGAGUGAUGCCUUUCCACAGUCCUUGGAGAUGUGUGACUGCACCAUUACUUGAGCAUUUCUUGGCCUGCUCUUCCAGCAGGCUGAGCCAACCUGUCUGGCUGAAUUAAACCCUCUUCUGUUGU